CUUUUUUUUCGGUGGAUUCUUGAGAUGAGAAGAUCACCGUAGUCAAAUUCAUCUAAAAUCAGAGAAAGUUUGAGAUUCUCAAUCAAAUUGAUGAUCAAUUUCAAUCAAAUACAACUAAAAAAACAGAUCACCUCGAAAUAGCAGCUAGAUCGAUUGGAUUCAGAAUUAGCAGAUUGAUAUUUCAGAAAGAACUAUAAGCUUUUGUACAUUUCGGAUUUUGCUAAAUUCAUUCGAAAAUUUCGAAUAUCACGCUAACUCAAAAAGCACAGCUGCUUCAAUCUCUCUCUACUCAUUCUUCAAGGGUAAAUGGAAGAAAGAGUAGAGAAUGAUGAUAGUGGUCUGAAAACAAAGAAAACAGUUUUUGUAACGGUUGGCACAACUUGUUUUGAUGCUCUUGUUAAAGCUGUUGAUACUCUAGAAGUGAAGGAAGAGCUGUCAAGGAAAGGUUAUACUCAUCUUACCAUUCAAAUGGGUAGAGGAUCCUAUAUUCCCGCAAAGUCAAUGGGAGAAGAGGGUUGCCUCGUCGUGGAUUACUUCACUUUUUCAUCAAGCAUUGCAGACUACCUUAAGUCAGCAUCUCUUGUGAUCAGUCAUGCAGGUUCAGGAAGCAUAUUUGAAACCUUGAAGUUGGGUAAACCCCUAAUUGUAGUGGUAAAUGAGGAUUUGAUGGACAAUCACCAAUGCGAAUUAGCCGAAGAAUUAGCAGAGAGAAAGCAUCUAUUUUAUGGUCGUCCUCAAACGCUCAAUCAGACCAUUAGAAGCAUGGAGUUGGAAACCCUGAUACCUUACAUGCCUGGAGAUGCCACUCCAGUUGCCAAAAUUAUCAAUAGGUUUUUAGGCUUCCCAGAUGACUAGUCUGAGGCUGUGUUAACAACUUUUUAAAACCACACAUACUGUUAAUGCAGACAUGUUCAGGAUUUAUAUUGGCACAUUCAUGUAAAUGUUUUAUACGCUUAAGAUUCUGAAUUCUGUCUGAUUUGUCUCACUGAGGUAGUUGCCUGAAUGCUAUAGUUGAAAGCCAAAUAUAACUUGGAUAUGUUUU